CGCACUUUCCCGCAGACCCGGAAGACGCUGGCGUGGAGAGACUGCGACCCUCUGGCGGGUGAGUUUCCCUUUGUCCCCUCAGCAGUUCCCAGUACUUCUGUACGUGGGAGCGGGGGACCUUCAGACCCUGAAAUCCUCACCGCCCUCUGUCCCCGAGUGAAUGUGAACGUCCCGGAGAGUCGGGUGUCGCUUCCCUGUGAGUUAGAGUCCACCUGAGGCGGGUCCUGCGCCCGACCUUUCUGCCUUCGGGCCCUGCAGACCGCGCUUUCCGGACUGUUUCCCUGCUGAAAGCUAUUCGGUGACCCCUAACGCUCGCUCCGCCCCCGUAAAGUCCUCACCUGAGGGUGGGUCCAGGCCCUUCGGGUCCCCCAGCCUCGCCCUGGCCGACCCCUGGAGGGCGGCGCCGCAGCCCCAGGCCUGGAGAAGCCGCGUUCCUCCCUGGUCCAGGGAUUCUGCGGACCCCACUUCUCUCCUAAUCUGCUCCCCUCCACCUCCUCCUUGGGCCGGGCCCUUCAGCUCUCCCAGUGUGUUUUCAGAAACCACUUCCUCUGAUUUCGCGCUGGGGGAGGUGACCAAGGCUUGUGUUGUGACACCCAAUGUUUUUCAUCCCACAUUCCUCCCCACUAGAAAAUGUGCUCUUCUGGAGCUGAGCAUGGUUUUCCUAUUCCUUCCGUGUGAAUAUGUGGAGAAAGAGAUGGACAGCAAGGGAGAGGAAAUAGAAUGUAGAAAGAGAAAGGAAGAAGGACAAGCACAUGAACACGCUGCAAAGUAGAGGGUGUGGGAGGGAUUUACAGAGACACAGGAAGAGUGAAAUCAGAAGCUGGGAACUAGCACGGGGAGAAAAGUCCCUGAAGGAAGUUUAGAGAAACUCUAGAUCUCCUGAGCUCUGAAGGACAGCCGACUAGGGCCAUGGGCAGCACAGGUGGAGGCAUCUGAGUCAGAGAGUGGGGGAGGGGACCUAUGAUUUGCAGCCAGGUCCAACAGAGUAGAAGAGGGAGCACCUGGUGACAAGUAGAGCAGAGAGGGCAUCACAGCUGGGGAUGCCAGAGAGUGGGGACAAGGGGGUGUCUCUAGGAAAGAGGGAAUUUUACCAGGAGAGCAGAGAGGGAGCAGACAUGGGAAGAAAGAGGCAGAAAUACAUGUGAUUGGGACAGUGAAAAGACUGGGGAGAAGGAGCAACAAUGGGUAAAACAGUUCCCAGAAUAGACCAUAACAGGUAGAAGAGAAGCAGUAGGGGGAAGAAGGGGAGAAGGAGCAGGAGAGAAGAGAGCAACAAAAUGAAGAGAUGCUCAUGGGGAAGCAACGCCUAGAACUCUCUGGCUACUCGGCUGCAUGUAAGAAGCACCCUUCCUUCCCCAGGUCUUUGUUCUGACAUCACCUUCUCAGAGAGGACUUCUGUUAUCCGUGUUCCCCAUUUAACAUUCCAGCCACACCUUGACCCCCACCUGUGGUCCAUAUUGGCUGCUCUGCAUGUUUCUUCUUGGUCCUUCAUCUUGUAGUGUCUGGACACUGGCGACAAGUUCCGAGGGAAGAGGACUGCCAGAUUUUGGGAGGGAUCCCGGCCUUGCUCCUCUGAGUGGAUGUCACUCCUGGCUUCACGUUAGGGUGCUGAGGCAUUUGGCAAAUAUUUAUUUUGUCUCCUUGUCACAGAUUCAACUCCACAUAGGGUGUUCCCAGGCUGAAGAGUAUUUAGAGUUGGGACUUUGUAUUCAUGGUAGAUAACCACAGGAUUGACUUUUAAAGAUUCGUGUUGGGUGAGGAAGAAUCCCAGAUCAGGAGGAAGAAGAAACUAAAGGAGUCAGGAAUGGCUGUUACUCAGGGACAUUUGACAUUCAGGGAUGUGGCCAUAGAAUUCUCUCAGGAAGAGUGGAAGUGCCUGGACCCUGCUCAGAGGGCUUUAUACAGGGCCGUGAUGUUGGAGAACUACAGGAACCUGGUCUCCCUGGCAGGAAUCUUGCUUCCUGACCUGAGGGUUAUCUCUGUGUUGGAGGAAGGGGAAGAUCCCUGGACUAUGGACAGUGAAAUGAAAACACCAGGAAACUCAAAUAGGGAGGAGAGGAUCCCAGGUUUGCAUUCAGGGAGGAGCUGUGUCUUGGGAAAUGAUGCAGGAAACAAGCCCAUUAAAACUGAACUGGGAUUAAGCUUUCAGUUCCAUCUGCCUGAAAUGCAGCUAUUUCAAGCUGAAGGGAAAAUUUAUGAAUGUAAUCAAGUUGAAAAUACUAUCAACCCUAUUACCUCACUUUUACCACUUGAAAACCUUACUUCUCAACUGAAAACCCACAGAUUUCAUAAAUAUAAGAAUGAUUUUGUCAGUUCUCCAGUAUUCACAGAAGAACAGAAAGCACACAUUAGGGAAGAACCUUAUAAACCUAAUGAGCACAGCAAAGCCUUUAGUGUGUCUUCAAGCCUUCCUAACUAUGGGGUAAUCCUUACUGGAAAGAAGCCUUUCAAAUGUAAAGAGUGUGGCAAAGCCUUCAGGCAAAAUUCAGACCUUGUACGACAUUGGAGAAUCCACAGUGGAGAGAAACCAUACAGAUGUAAUGAGUGUGGCAAAGACUUCAGUCAAAAUUCACACCUAUCUCGACAUCAGACUAUUCAUACUGGGGAGAAACCUUACAAGUGUGAUGACUGUGGCAGAGUAUUUAGUGUGCGUUCCACACUUACAGCCCAUCUGCAAAUCCAUAAAAGAGAUAAUCCUUACAAAUGUGAUGAAUGUGGCAAGGUCUUUAGUUGCAAUUCAUACCUUAGACGACAUCAGAGUAUUCAUACCGGAGAGAGACCUUACAAAUGUAAUGACUGUGGCAGUGCAUUUAGUGUACUUUCAAGGCUUUAUAUACAUCAGGUUAUCCAUAAUGCAGAUAAACCUUACAAAUGUGAUGUUUGUGGCAAGGUUUUCAGUCAAAAUUCAAACUUAGCAAAUCAUCGUAGAAUUCACACUGGAGAGAAACCUUAUAAAUGUCAUGAAUGUGGUAAGGUCUUUAGUUUUAAUUCAUACCUUGCACAACAUCGGAGAAUUCAUACUCAAGAGAAACCUUACAAAUGUGAUGAAUGUGGAAAGGUCUUUAGUUGUAAUUCAUACCUUACACAACAUCGGAGAAUUCAUACUCAAGAGAAACCUUACAAAUGUGAUGAAUGUGGAAAGGUCUUUAGUUGCAAUUCAUACCUUAGACGACAUAAGAGUAUUCACACUGGAGAGAAACCUUACAAAUGCAAUGAAUGUGGCAAGGCCUUCAUUUACAAUUCAUACCUUGUACAACAUGCGAGUAUUCAUACUGCAGAGAAACCUUACAAAUGUCAUGAAUGUGGCAAGGUCUUUACUUGCAAUUCAUACCUUACAAGACAUCAGGGCAUUCAUACUGGAGAGAAACCUUACAAAUGCAAUGAAUGUGGCAAGGUUUUCCGUCAAAAAUCAAACCUUAAAAAUCAUCACACGAUCCAUUUGGGAGAGAAACCUUACAAAUGUUAUGAAUGUGGUAAAAAGUUUAGUUUGUUUUCGAGGCUUCAUAUUCAUCAGGUUAUCCAUAAUGCAGAUAAACCUUACAAAUGUGAGUAUUGUGGCAAGGUUUUCAGGCACAAAUUAUCUCUGACAGUUCAUCUUAGAAUUCAUACUGGAGAGAAACCUUACAAAUGUAAUGAAUGUGGCAAGGCCUUCAGACACAAGGUAUCUCUUACAGUUCAUCAGAAAACACAUACUGGAGAGAGAACUUACAAACAUAAUGAGUGUGGCAAGGCCUUCUGUCAAAACUCAAACCUUGAAGAUCAUCACAGAAACCAUACCGGACGGAAACCUUACAAAUGUAACGAAUGUGGCAAGAUCUUCCAUUACAAUUCAACCCUUGCACGACAUCUCUGUAUUCAUACUGGAGAGAGGCCUUACCAAUGCAAUCAGUGUGGCAAAUUGUUUUGUCAGAAAUCAAACCUUAAAAAUCAUCAUGUUGUCCAUUCGGGAGAGAAACCAUACAAAUGUAAUGAGUGUGGCAGGGUCUUCCGUCACAAAUCAAACCUUAAAAAUCAUCACACAAUCCAUACAGGAGAGAAACCUUUCAAAUGUAAUGAAUGUGAUAAGGCCUUCAGACAAAAGAUAUCCCUUACACGUCAUCGGCGAACUCACACUGGAGAGAAACCUUACAAAUGUAAUGAGUGUGGCAAGGUCUUCUGUGAAAAAUCAAACCUUAAAUCUCAUCACAGAAUCCAUACUGGAGAGAAACCUUACAAAUGUAAUGAGUGUGGCAAGGCGUUCCGUGAAAAAUCAAACCUUAAAACUCAUCACAGAAUCCAUACUGGAGAGAAACCUUACAAAUGCAAUGUAUGUGGUAAGGUUUUUAGUCACAUUUCACGGCUUGCUCAGCAUCAGAGAAGUCAUUUGUGAGAGACUCUGCAGACUCCUUCAGGGUGCAAACUCUUCAUCAUGAGUUCUAUCAGUAAUCAACAUCAGAGAGUCCAUACAAGAGAAAUCAAAUAAGUGCAAUGUAUGUGGCGGGGGCUUUAUCCAGGUCUCACCACUCACUACACAUGAAAAGGUACACCUUCAAUGAAACACGCCAAUGAAAUGUUUAUGGUGAGGCUAGUACCCAAGGAACAUUACUGUAGAAUGUCAGGAUUUAUACUAUAAGUAACUUAGUCUCUGGUUCUGUAAUAUUAAUCUCUGAUGUUAUGUGGUGAUGAAUAAUUCUAAAUCAAAAUACAUUGACUCUCAUGACACGA